GGGUCUGACAUUCAAUCUUUUUGAUGUCUGGUGGAACGCUGGCAUUGCGUUCUCACUAGCUUGUCCGAGUAUUGCAACAGCCCACUGCUGGAAAUAAUUGUUAGAAAUAUGUCUGAGUCGCCAAACCAAAAAGUUGCUGAUUUGAGGUCGGAAUUGUCAGCUUACGGGUUUUCCGCGCCCAAAACGAUGAAAAAAAAGGAGCUGUUAUCAAAACUGACGGAGCUGCGCGAGCAGGCAGAAUCGCAGCCUGCACCUGAUGACACCGGCUCAUCUACGGCAUUUCACUCAAAGCGUGACCCGCCAAGCGAUGCGUCUUCUCCUAAGAAUAACCACUUGAACGAGAAUGCUUGGGAGGGGGAGGAGAAAUCCCCAUCUGCAUCAUGGGAUAAGCAGGCGGAUUCUGAGAAAGAAUUCGAGCCUCAAUCGAUGCAAGAAAUUGACUUGAAUUUGAACGCGCCGCCGAGCGAAGACGCGCUCAUCAGUGCGGAGCGUAUAGAACAUCGAGCAAAUCGAUUCGGUACAACAAAUAAAACUUAUUCAACGUCCAAACCACCUAAUGAGCCGCUCAGCUUAGACCAGUUAUUGUCAAAUCACUUAUUCAGUCACAGAAAGAAUUCUAAACACGGCCGCAAGCAAACUGCCGACGCAGAUAUCAUCCUGGAAAGACGGCUGAUGAGGUUCGGCACGAGUACGCCCCUUGGCACCGUACUCACCUUGGAACAAAUCCAACGCGAAGAAGAAAAACUGAAAAAAAGAGAAGAACGCUUCGGCCUACCUGUCACAGAAAAACGUCGGGCUCCUAUUAAUUAAUGUGAAAAAAAAAGAGCUGUAUAUACGCCGCCUCAAACGCCCUGUCCUAAAAAGCAGCGAGAUGCAUUUUUCUUGUUGGGUAUGAGAGCUUGGGACUCAAAAAAAAAAAAAAA